GGCAGAAUUUAGCCGUUACACAACGACAAGUCGACAGCCUGAAUAUGCUGCUAUACAGUAUACAGCCAAUCUGUCGUACAGUUCAACAUGACUUAAUUUUUUCGGCUGUCGCCGCGCAAAGAUACGAAUGACUGACCAAGUCCAGCACCACUAGUACACUCCGGCUGAUGCAAGGCAUGAGCAUGACGAAUCCGCCUUCAUAUUCCGUAAGCAUCCCGGCCACAAGGAAUAGCGCCGUCGCAAGCGACACGAUCUCUCUGUGCCUCUCAUUUGUGACCCUGUAGCCAGUAGCCGUAUAGGCGUAUACCCACUCCGACGCAAUCACGCAAGAGCUGCAUCCAUGGCGGCGUCACCUCCUCGGCCUCGUGUCAUGGUGCUGCCCUUCCCGGCACAGGGCCACGUUAUGCCGCUCAUGGAGCUGUCGCACCGCCUCGUCGAGCACGGCCUCGAGGUCGUCUUCGUGAACACGGACUUCAACCACGCCCGCAUCCUCGCGGCCUUGGCAGGGGCGACGAUCCCUGGCGGCGGCGCGAUCGACCUGGUCUCCUUCCCCGACGGCAUGGGCCCCGACGGCGACCGCACGGACAUCGGCAAGCUGCUCCAAGGCUUGCCGGCGGCGAUGCUCGGCGGCCUGGAGGAGACGAUCAGGUCCAGGAAGAUAAGGUGGGUGGUGGCUGACGUGUCCAUGAGCUUUGUGCUGGAGCUGGUCCCCACGGUGGGCGUGCGCGUCGCCUUGUUCUCCACUUUCUCGGCCGCCAACUUCGCGCUGCGGCUGCAAGUUCCCAAGAUGAUAGAGGAUGGCAUCAUCGACGAAACAGGGAGUAUGAAAAGGAAUGAGAGGAUCCAGCUGAACCCCAAGAUGCCGGCCAUCGACGCCACCGAGCUUCCCUGGAUCAGCCUUGGCAAGAGCCCGGAGUCACGCAGAGCCAUGAUUCAGACCGUCCUCAAGAACAACCCAACAUUCAGGCUCGCCGAAACCAUCGUCUGCAACACGUUCCGGGAGAUCGAGUCCGCGGCGCUGCCCCUCCUACCCAUACCGGCGCUGGCCAUCGGCCCGUUGGAGGCGCCCAAGUCGACUUCGGCGGGCGGCCAUUUCUGGGCCGAAGACGAGAUCUGCCUCCCCUGGCUCGACGCGCAGGCUCCCGGCUCAGUCGUCUACGUGGCGUUCGGGAGCCUCACUGUGUUCGACGCGGAACGGCUCCAGGAGCUCGCCGACGGGCUGGUGCUCGCCGGGCGGCCGUUCCUGUGGGUGGUCCGGCCGAACUUCGCCGCCGACGGCGUCGGGGAGGGCUGGCUCGACGAGUUCCGGCGCCGCGUCGCCGGCAAGGGGCUCGUCGUCGGCUGGGCUCCCCAGCAGCGCGUGCUCUCGCACCCCUCGGUCGCGUGCUUCGUGUCGCACUGCGGGUGGAACUCGACCAUGGAAGGGGUGCGGCACGGCGUGCCGUUCCUGUGCUGGCCCUACUUCGCCGACCAGUUCCUGAACCAGAGCUACAUCUGCGACCUGUGGGGCAUUGGCUUGAGGAUCCGCGCCGACGAGCGGGGCAUCGUCACCAAGGAGGAGAUCAGGGGCAAGGUGGCGCGGCUGCUCCGGGACGAGGAGAUCAGGGCGAGGGCGCUGUCCUUGCAGGGAGCGGCGUGCGCCAGCGUCGCGGACGGAGGCGCCUCGCAUCAGGAUCUGCUCAAGCUUGUGAACCUGCUAAGAGAAGAUUAGACUUCAGCAUGUCAGGAAAUUUUGAGACGUUCAGAGGGAAAUUUUUAGAUAUA